CUUUGUUAAUAAUUCAAUAUUAGUUUACAAUAGCAAAAACAAACACCAACACACAACGAAGCAGUACAAGAUUAUUGACCUGCCUUUAGAAAAUUGAUAAGGAAAUAAACAAAUAGUAUUUCUACAAAUUGGGUCAAUACUUUUUUUUUACUUUACUUGAUUAGCGUCAUAAGGGUAUUCCCAACCUUGGAAAGUGAAAAAGGUGACGAGUGUCCAAAAGUUAAGCACAUGAUUGAAAAUACAUAUUAACUUUGUUCAGCUAAUUUUGUGGGCAAAAAUGGCAGGAGGUGCUGCAUCAGUAUUACGUAAUAAUUCCGAACAACGUAAUAGUUCUUCGGCAGCAAUUAAUGGAGAUAAUAAUACCACAACUACUUACUCACGCACACAACAGCCAAAUUUUAUGUUAACCUCACAUUCAGAGGCUCUACUACAGGGUCUGAAUGCUCUAAGAUGUUCGGACAAACUAUUUGAUGUAACACUCAUAGUAGAGGGUAAAACAUUUAAGGCCCAUCGAGUUGUUCUGGCAGCCUGUAGCGAUUACUUUUGCGCCAUGUUUACCGAUGCCAUGCGAGAGGCACGACAAUCUGAAAUAAAAUUGAAUGGUGUUAAUGCCCGUGGCAUUGAGCUAUUAAUCGAAUAUGCUUACACCUCUAAGCUAGAAUUAGAUCGCAACAAUAUACAAGAUGUACUCUCUGUUUCAACACACGUUCAAAUGAAAGCAGUCAUUGAGGCCUGUUCAAAUUACUUAGAAUCUCAAAUUGAUUUAGAAAAUUGUGUAGCUAUAGCUGCUUUGGCCGAUCUGUAUGCACUAGAUGUGCUUAAGCGAAAAACCUAUCGCUUUAUCUGUGCUCGCCUCGAUGAGUUCUCGCAAACUCCUGAUUUAAUCAACCUGACAUGGGAUCAAUUGGAGUACAUUCUGUCAUGCAAUUAUCCAGUGGAUUGCUCGGAGGAGAGAGUAUUACAAAUAACUUUGCAAUAUUGUCUGGAGUCAAGACUUGAGAGCGAAUUGGCCAGAAUGCUGUUUACUAAAGUGCGUUUCAAUCAAAUCGAAACAAAUGCUCUCAACACUCUACUAUCAAAUACCGAAUCAGCCGAAGAAGACUCGCAACUGUAUGUAGACAUUAUAAAGGCCGAGGUUAUAAAACAAAAUCAGCUAAAAAAACAUAGUAGUGAAAAUGAUGAAGUGAUAUCUUUAAGUGUCUUAACCAAUUCUCGCGGCAUGGAAUUGGCUUUAGUUAAAAUUGGAGGCUUCGAAACGAAUGGCUUAACAAAUCAGAUAAGUUGUUAUUUGCCAUCUGCUGGUAAAUGGGAAGAUCUAACUGUGAUUCCGCAUAUUGAACAAUGUAAUUAUGGCACAGCAGUUUUGGGUAAUGAUCUUUAUAUUGUUGGCGGUUCGUAUGAUGUUUGUUUGAAGGAGUAUAUACAUCCAUUUGGUUUUCGCUAUUGUCCCACCAAGGAUAAGUGGAAAACAAUUGCUCCGAUUCAAGCCGAUCGUUGUCGUUUCUCUUUAAAUGCCAUGGGCAGUAAUUUUUUGUAUGCCGUUGGGGGAGUUUGUGAGUUAAAUGAUAUUGAUGGCGAUCAUUAUGCCAAUGAAAUGGCUACAUCGAAUUGUGAACGCUACAAUGCCAGUGUAGAUCGUUGGGAAUAUUUGCCCGCUUUAUCGGAGAAUCGUAGUCAACAUGCUGGCGUUGUUCUGGGUGAUAAAUUAUAUAUAUCAGGUGGCAUUGAUCGUCACAUGGUCUUGUCAUCACUUUGGAGUUUUGAUGCAAAAACUGAAAAGUGGAACAAAUUAUGUCAAAUGCCCACGCCUAGAGCCGAUCAUAUACUCAUUGCAUUCGAACAGCACAUUUACGCCUGUGGUGGCUGGUAUGAAGACCCUUUGACCGAAUCAAGAGUCUUGGCGGAGACAAUAGAUGUCUAUGAUGUGAAAUCGGACACUUGGACGACGGAAACAAAAAAUCCAAUGCCAAAAUAUUACACUGGUGUGGCGGCCGUUAAGAGGCGCAUUUAUUUCAUCGGUGGACUACUAUCAACAAACACCAUAAAUCGUGCCACCUCAGCAGUGCAAUGCUACGAUUUAGAUACAAAACAGUGGUCAUUUAAUGUUGAAUGGGAAUAUCCCAAAGAAGUGUGGGAAUGUACAUGUGCAGCUUUUUAUGUACCACGAGAACGUGAUGAUUUUGUUAUGUCCUUUUAUGGGAUGUAAAUGGCAGAUAUAUUAUUUAUUAAAAACCAUAUACUUAUAUAUAAAUUAUUUUGUACUUUUUAUAUAAACAAAACAAACAAAAAAAAAACACGCGAAACAAAAUGUUAAAACAUUUUUAACACUUAUAGUUCUAUUUUCUUUCUAUAAAGUAUUUGUAAAUAUGUUUAGAAUAGAAAGAACAAAAUUAUUACAAUUUUUGCUGAA